CCACACGAACAGUGUUCAAUGAAUAAACUUCGGGCAAAUUCGCAGAUAAGUUUAGUCCAUUUAAAAAUACGUGGAUACGAAUUGAAUUCAGUUGAGUGGUGAAUCGCGGGAACGGUAGUUCUGACUUGUGUGCUUGUUGUUGUUAGAUCAAAAACUUCCACAAAUAUGUUUCAUCUGAAAUCAUUGGCCAAGAAUGCUGUUAUCAAGCAAGAAGUGUCUGCACUAGUGGCAAAAGCUUUGCCCGCCGGCAUUGUGUCCCAAUCUCGCCACUAUGCGGACCAUCAAAUACCGGAACGUUUGCGUGAUGUGCCGACAGCCACUGAUCCGAAAUUCUUCGACAUGGUUGAGUAUUUCUUCCAUCGAGGAUGUCAAAUCGCCGAGGACAAAUUGGUCGAAGACAUCAAAGGAAACUUGAGCCUUGAGGAGAAGAAAAAGCGCGUAAAGGGCAUUUUAAUGUUGAUGCAAGGGUGUGAUCACAUUAUCGAAAUCUCGUUCCCAUUGCGUCGCGAUUCGGGUGAUUAUGAAAUGAUCACCGGCUACCGUGCUCAACAUUGUACCCAUCGUACCCCGACAAAAGGCGGUAUUCGUUAUUCCCUCGAUGUGUCCCGUGAUGAAGUCAAAGCAUUGUCUGCUUUGAUGACCUUCAAGUGUGCUUGUGUCGAUGUUCCAUUCGGUGGUGCAAAGGCCGGCGUAAAAAUCAACCCGAAAGAAUACAGUGAACAUGAAUUGGAAAAGAUCACUCGUCGUUUUGCAUUGGAAUUGUCGAAGAAGGGUUUCAUUGGACCGGGUAUUGAUGUACCAGCUCCAGACAUGGGUACUGGUGAACGUGAAAUGGCUUGGAUUGCCGAUACUUAUGCGAAAACCAUUGGACACUUGGACAUCAACGCUCACGCUUGCGUCACUGGCAAACCCAUCAAUCAGGGAGGUAUUCACGGUCGUGUCUCUGCUACCGGUCGCGGUGUUUUCCACGGUCUGGAAAAUUUCAUCAAUGAAGCUAAUUACAUGAGCAUGAUCGGUACCACUCCUGGCUGGGGCGGAAAGACAUUCAUUGUUCAAGGUUUCGGUAAUGUCGGUCUUCACACAUGCAGAUACUUGACCCGUGCUGGUGCUACAUGCAUUGGAAUCAUUGAACACGAUGGUUCAAUCUUCAACCCUGACGGUAUUGACCCAAAACAAUUGGAAGAUUACCGAAAUGAAAAAGGAACAAUCAAUGGCUUCCCCGGUGCGAAAGCUUAUUCAGGCGAAAAUCUUAUGUUCGAACAAUGUGACAUCUUCGUACCAGCUGCCGUCGAGAAGGUCAUUACCAGCGAAAAUGCGUCCAAAAUCCAAGCUAAAAUCAUUGCCGAAGCAGCUAACGGACCCACAACUCCAGCUGCCGAUCGCAUUUUAAUCGAUCGCAAUAUUUUGGUCAUUCCUGAUCUGUACAUUAAUGCUGGUGGUGUAACCGUUUCAUUCUUCGAAUGGCUUAAGAACCUCAACCACGUAUCGUAUGGUCGUUUGACUUUCAAAUAUGAAAGAGAAUCGAACUACCAUCUUUUAGCUUCUGUGCAGCAGUCUAUAGAAAAGGCUAUAAUUGAUGAUGAAUCCGUUCAAGAAUCAUUGGAACGCCGUUUCGGCAAAGUCGGUGGACGCAUCCCAGUCACACCAUCCGAAUCCUUCCAGAAGCGUAUAUCCGGUGCUUCCGAAAAAGAUAUCGUCCACUCCGGUCUCGAUUAUACCAUGGAACGAUCGGCCCGUGCCAUCAUGAAAACUGCCAUGAAAUACAACUUGGGAUUGGAUUUGAGAACUGCCGCCUAUAUCAACUCAAUUGAGAAAAUUUUCACCACGUACAGAGAUGCUGGUCUCGCAUUCUAGGAUUAAUGAAGAAAGAAAAAAAUAUUUUUGAAAAUUUUGCCUCAAGAUUAUUUCUACCAAGAAUACCGGAUGUCUCAAGUUACUUAAA